CACGUGCAGAACUUUAAAAUCCUGAUAAAUAGACUCCGUUCUGAAUCUCGAUAGCAUGUCUUCGACAGACCAUGAAAAUACGUGGAAAUUACUUCAUCCAGAAUUAUUAUCACGAGACGAACUGCUUUCUACUCUAAGAGAGAGACACGUCAAAGUUGAUGAAACAAUUUCACAUGAAAAGGGACAAUUGGUGGAAUUGUUCAAAAGGGUUGCAAUGCCACAGGCACAACGGUCUUGUUUUAAAGAUAAGACAACUAAAAUGGAAAUCGAAAACUCCCAGGCAGGAAAACCAACAGUAUCGUUGCCCAAACUAAACUCUUCUCAAAAUGGAUAUCAGUUGAGGCAAAAGGUUGUUGCACAAAGAACUUCAGGUUGUGCCGCAACAAGUUCAUCCUCCUGCAGUAUUAUGGAUGUAGCGAAACAGUUAAAUAAAGUCAAAAUCAAGCGCAGUGCAUCUCAAAUGAGUGAGCAUUGUAUCAAAGAUGGAUCACAUCCUCCAAAACGGGAAAAAAUUACAUGGCCUUGAAUAGUGCUAAGUGUAUUAUUGUACACAAUCUUUUAUGCCACUGCCACUUAAGAUUUUCUGUUCUUUUGGUAGAGAGGGGGAAACUGACAUAGGUUAUUGGCAAUGGUAAGUGUUCACAAAACUUGUGCCAAUAAAACCUUGAAAUUUU